UUUUUCCUUUUUUUAAAAUGAAAAGCUAUAUACUCUGUAUAUUUUUUAAAAAUUAAUCUGAAGUGUUAGAGGUGUGCGUGAAUAGAUUUCCCGAAAGCGCACUUUGUUUAUGACUUUUAUAUAUUUAGCUUUAGAGUUGUUUUUGGGUCAGACUUUUAAAAGAAAUCUGAGCAAGUGGCUCUUUCUUUAAAAAAAACGGUUUUUAACUUCUCUCUUUUUCUUCCAGUGUUUUCCCCCCUUUUUAAUACUACCUACUCAAACUGUUUAGAAAAGAAAAUGAUCUUUGAACAUUUUACAUUGGAUCAUUCUUGCCUCUACCUUUCUCUUUUUUCAAGCUUGAAUUGAACUGUUGAAUUUUAAGUGUAUAAGUGCAAUUUUUAAAGUUUUUGAGCAUUUUAUAUUGAUUAUAUUUAGAGAGCAUAUAUAACAUAGAUAUUUUUGUGCAGCUCCCUCUUCCCCCCCUCCUUUCAAUUUUUACAGUUAAGUAGUGCCUUUUUAGAGGGUUUUUGGGAUAACCGGUUGUUUUUUUAGUGCCUGUGUAUUUUUAUAUUUUUGUAAAGUCGUUGGACUCUGAUGUUAUGUUUGAGCAGAAGGUGAGAUUUUUUUCCCUUCCGUUCCCUGCCCCGUCCUGUUGAUGGGCCAUGAAUUUAGUAGUGGGUUACUUUUGUUCGGGGGGUGCUCCCGAAUACACUUUUACUUCCAGUUGCACCACAGUCAUGAGUUUCUUGCUCUUCACACUAUAUUUCCCAAACCCCACCUCCCACCCCUUCUUUCUUCCCUCCCACACCUCCAUCCACCCACCCCCAUACACACGCAAACACACACACGCGCAAGACAUGUGUCCUUUGAUUUGUUUCAUGUGCUUCCAAACAUGGAGGUUGAGGGGAGGGGGUGGGGGAAGUUGGAAACCGACAGAGCUCACCAUCGAUGCACCUUCCGUGAGAUUCUACUGUGCGUGUAUGGUUCAUACCUCCGCCCAGUCCUAGAGACUGCUGCUGCUGUGGGGGAUACGACAGCCUCAUGGCCGCCAAACUGAUGGCCAGCAAUGUCACGAACAAGAACGACCCGCGCUCGCUGAACUCGCGGGUCUUCAUUGGCAACCUCAACACGGCCGUGGUGAAGAAGUCGGACGUGGAGGUCCUCUUCGCCAAGUAUGGCAAGAUUGUAGGCUGCUCGGUGCACAAGGGCUACGCCUUCGUCCAGUACGCCAACGAGAGGACCGCCCGAACAGCUGUGGCUGCUGAGGACGGUAGGAUCAUCGCAGGGCAGCCGCUGGACAUCAACCUGGCUGGGGAGCCCAAACCGAACCGGCCAAAGAGCGGCCAGAAGAGAUCAGCUUCUGACAUGUACGGGUCCACCUCCGACCUCGACUAUGACUAUUACCGCAGCGAUUUCUACGACAGUGCUCCCCCAAGCAGACAGUCAGAGGGCUAUGAGAUUCCGUCACUAACCAGGAUGUACCCUUACCCAAGCAGGGUGCCACCUCCUCUACCCCGGCCAGUGACAAUCGCCAAGCGCCCCCGUGUCACAGUCCCUGUGCCACGAAGAGGCAAAGGCAGCUUUAACACCAAAUCCGGGCAAAAAUCAGCAGCGUCAGGAAAACCAGUGAAAGCCAAUGACCUGGCCACCAUCAAGAAGGAGUUGACUUUGAUCAAGAGCAAAGUGGAUUCACUUCUGGACAGUCUGGAGAAGAUAGAGAAGGAGCAAAGCAACCAGACAGAGAACAAGAGCGAGAAGACGGACGAGGGGAGCAGCAGCAAAGCCGGCAGCGAGUCGAAGAAAGCCGAGAGCGAGGGGACCGGCGAGGAAGGGGACACCCUGGAGGAUGACGAGGAUGAGCAGCUGCGUGAUAGCAAAGGACACAAGGAUGAAGAGGAGGGAGAAGAUGACGGCGGAGAUGACACCAACAGCCAGGACGACCAUUAGAUGCAAGCCAACCGGCACCACUUAAUGACCUCUCUCUCUAUCUUUCUCUCUCUCUCCUCUCCACCCUCCCUUUCCCUUCUCUCCCUCCCCCACCCCCAAGGAAAAACCUUUAUUCUUGUUUUGUCGGUUCUUGUUUUCUGAAAACCGCUUUCUGUCGGGGCCAAACGGCGGCCGUUUCGAAACUGGAUUUUUAUUCUGAACUUAAAAGGAGGCAUCUUAAAGGGGGCAGGCUCUCAUUUCUCCUCUGCGGCGGCUCCCCUCGUCGACCGGCCCGACAACCCGCUCCCAUCUCCUCCUCCGCCGCCGCCCGGGGAAUAAUACCCGGGCAUUGCUCUAUGGCCGGGGUGCCCCAGUGCGUGGUGGGAGCCUCUCCCUCACCAUUCCCGCCCUUGACGUUUCUGUUAGCCGUUGCGGCUUCUUUUCCUCAUUUAAACAAAAAAAAAGGAGCUUCGUAUCUGCUUCGUACGCUCAGGCUGAGCGGCGCGACUUUUAAUGUUCAGGGUUGUAUGGGGGGGGAGGUGGGUGGGUUGGGGGGGUGCGGGUUUACUUAUUUUUGUAGAAUUCGAAGGUUUCCCGACGCGCUCACGGUUCCCAGGAAUGUGUCCAUCCCCACCUGUCCUUCCCCGAACCGCUUCGUCGGGUUUAGGGCCCUUCUGCGGAGUAAUCCCAGCUGAUGGAGGGACCCUAGGAAAUGGGAGGUUCUGGGGUAACGGGCUAAGACAGACAAGUUUCCCCUCACCCCGCCCCCUCCCUUGCAGUUUGGAAGGGGAGAGGUAGGGUGCGCUGACAGGGAGCCCCCCAUUCAACAGGGGCUGCCUCCGAGGGUUUGGGAGCGGGGUGGGGGAAUGCGAGAGGGUGUCACGCUGGAAGAUCCCGUACCGGAGGGAGGGAGGUGCCUGGGAUUUGCCAGCACUCGGGCACCAAGCCAAGGACGUGGGAUUGCUACCUGUUCCCGUCACACAAGACCCGCCGUCCCAUCUGUCAUUAGAGUCCCCUCGGACAUGACCACUCGUUUCUCCUUCACCCCCAUCCCCCUCCCCCCCCCCCACUUCCCACUGCCCCCACUUCCCACUUCCCCCGUAUCUCACAUCCCGUCUCCCCAAACUUCCCAGUCGUCCCACCGUACGAUCUGAAAGAGGUGAAAGCUUUGUCGAAAAUAUGAAUUUUUUUUUUAGAAAAAUGGUUUAAAAAAAAACACAUUAAAAGCUUGCCGGGCCUGUUUCACACGGAGGAGAAUUGGGCCCGAGCUGUAGAAUGCGGGGCGUGGGUUUAAAUGAGGAGGCUGUGCUGGACCGUAACUAGACCGGCAUUUAGAAUGCAGCCUGUAUGUUUUCUAGACUUCUUUCAUACUGUAUCAGUACUGUUGGGUUAAUUAAACAUUUGAAGAAUAUAAUAAGA